GUUGUCUUAAAAGUUAAAAUGGUUGGGAGAGAAGGACAAAGAGCGGGAACUUGUACUGAUUCUCUCUCCCACAACCAGCUUUGCUUGAACUGACAGUCAUUUUCCCCUUUUUUUCCUUUUUAUUUUUUUUGGAUUUUCGUUUCUCUCUCCGCCAUUGCUUCUUUAAGAAGCUGUGAAACCACGCAAUUUCGUACUCAACAUUUAGAGAUCUGCGCUUUGUCUCUCUCUUUGUCUUCUUCAAUCUUCCUUCAUUCCUUCAAAUUCCUCGUUCCACUUCAUUCAGGCAAACAUGGUUUCAACCACUGAGACCGAGACUGAGACAAAUGACAAACAAAUUGUAAAACAGUACCAAUACUCUAGGCAUCCCCGUUUGAAUGAGAGAAUACUUUCAUCCAUGACUCGUAGAUCGGUUGCUGCACACCCCUGGCAUGAUCUUGAGAUUGGUCCUGGUGCUCCUGUUGUUUUCAACUGUGUCAUUGAAAUAGCUAGAGGGAGCAAGGUGAAAUAUGAACUAGACAAAAAGACUGGUUUAAUCAAGGUGGAUCGUAUUCUUUAUUCAUCAGUUGUCUAUCCUCAUAACUAUGGGUUCAUCCCUCGAACUCUUUGUGAAGACAGUGACCCCAUGGAUGUUUUGGUUAUUAUGCAGGAGCCUGUUCUUCCAGGAUGCUUCUUGCGUGCCAAAGCCAUUGGACUGAUGCCUAUGAUAGAUCAGGGGGAGAAAGACGACAAGAUAAUCGCUGUUUGUGCUGAUGAUCCUGAGUACCGUCAUUACAAUGACAUCAAGGAGCUUCCACCACAUCGUUUGGCUGAAAUACGUCGUUUCUUUGAAGAUUAUAAGAAAAAUGAAAACAAGGAAGUAGCAGUUGAUGAGUUUUUGCCUGCAUCUACAGCUCAUGAGGCAAUCCAGUACUCCAUGGAUCUCUACGCAAACUACAUCGUCGAAACCUUGAGGCAGUAAGGUUGUCGCGGAUGAUUCCAAAUGGUUACACAAGUGUAUUUGAAGCUUAAGUGACACUAUCUGAAAUGCUGCUUCAAGUUCAAUGCUUGUGUUUUUAAUACCAAUUUUACACAUUGAAUAUGCUCUUUAUUUUUGCAUGUAUUACAUCUUCGCUAUAUCGUAUAUCAUCUUAUGUUCACAAACUUUUGUGCAAAAUUGUCAAGUAAUACUCAUACUAUUGUCUACUAUGACUUGUGAUGUGAAUAAACCGUUUUAAAUUCA